CUUCCCUCCCAGCAAAAGCAGCUCGAAAGGCGUUCCUUGCACGGCCGCUUGAGAAAGCUGCAUCUGCGGCGGUACCUGCGGUGGUAGCCUUUCGCAGGGUGCUUGGUGGUGUGCAGCGGUGCCUAAGUAUUCCGCAUCCAGAAGCUUUCUUCCCACAUUUAUCACAAGGAGUCUCGUUUUCUUCAGUUGCAAAAGCAUAUUCAAGCAACUCAAAGAUACUGAGCAAUAGCUGGCAAUCGCAAGCAUUGACAUGCAAGGGUGUUGGAAACAGAGCGCUGUUGACAACAACAUCGCUAUAGCCGCUCAUCCGGCUGUCCUGUUGAGGUUGCUGAGUUGCUUUCUGCUCCUCACUCGAGCAGCUAAGCAGAGCUGAAGUGCACUGAUCUUUGACCAGCCUAGGAACACUUGCAAACCAUAAUCAACAACUUCUGCUUGGCGCUUAGCCAGAGGGACAAGCACAGUGCUGCAACCUGAAAAGCCUCUGCCUCUGCCUCAGCAUUUUGAGUCUGCUGCAGCCGGAAGCGCAAGAUGAAGAAGCCAAGGGAGGCGUCCUCCCUCCUGGCCCUGCUCACAGGCCCUGUCGUUGCUGCAUUACAGGGCCAAAAGACGCGCCCAAGCCUCUUUGCCGGUCUCGUCCUGUGCGCGUUCAUUGUCGGCCCGAUCUGGUACACAUUCCUCUCUGUCGCGCACCACAUUGCACGGGAUUGCGUUGCACCUCGAGGCCUCCGAGGGGGGCUGCCUCCCGAGCUUUGGGGCAUGGUCAACACUGACCUGAUAGGUGCCACUCUCAUGGGGGGGGGCGGCGCAGGGGGGAAAAUCGCGGACGCAAACGACACCCUGCCUGACUUCGAGCUGUUUGAGUGCGACCGCUCGUCGGAGUUGACGGACUACUGCGUGAUCCAAGGGGACGUACGAGUGGACUACCGCACGGGUGAGAUCGUGCUCGUCGCUCGGCGGCCUGAGACCCCCCGGGGGCUGCUGCAGGUGCAACCGUACCCUCGGAAGUGGGACGAUCCGGUCAUGGACACGAUUACAAUGCAGGAGGUCUACUCGGUAGAUGUUGAUGGGGGGAACCCGGAUGAGGAGAACACCGAUUUGGACCACCUGAAAGCCCUCCGAGGGGGAGCGGCGAAGGGAGGUGAUGGGAAGAAACGAGCCCCCCGCUUCCGGAGGAGAGGCAGCGCGCUGGAGUGCACAAAAACGAGCGACGUGCCGGCGGUGCUCUUCUCGGCGGGGGGGUACAGCGGGGGUAUCUUCCAUGACUUCAAUGAGGUCUUCAUCCCCCUGUUCCAGACGACGCAGGGACUCCAGCGAGAGGUGGUCCUGAUGGUUUCUGAUCUGAAGGGCCCAUGGUGGUUCCGGGGCGCCCCCAACGAGAGCUUUGCGGGCGCGUUCACAAACUACCCGGUCCGGCUCAUGAACAGCGAGACGGACGCGGAGGGAUCCCCGCAGGAGGUCGAGUGCUUCCCAAAGCUCAUCAUCGGGCUGAAGCACAACCUGUGCUUGUACGACGAGUACGGGGGCAAGAAGGAGCGUGAUGAGGUAAAAGCGGGUGUGCGGUUCAGAGACUUCUCGCUGAAGGUGAUGGAGUCCAUGAACCUGCCGGACUGGAUGUGGGACCCGAAUAACAACGAGGUGUUUCUGCCCAAGGGCAAGGUGCCCCACCUGUGCAUCGUGCAGCGCCAAAAGACGAGGCGCAUCUCCAACUACGACCGGCUGCGCGAGCUCGCCGUCGACGAGGGCUUUGGCGUUUUCGACAUCGUCUUCGAGGAGUUGUCACCGCACCAGAUCGUCGAGUUCAUGCGAUACUGUGAUGGCCUGAUUGGAGUCCAUGGUGCGGGCUUCACGAACACGGUGUUCAUGCGGCCGCGGUCGGUGAUCCUCCAGAUCAUGCCCUUCGGCGAGUACGGCGAGGGCAUGGUCGUCGGGCGCGAGUACAAAAAUAUCGCCGAAGCGCUCGCCGCGUCCUACAUGGAGUGGCACGUGCCCCGGGAGUACAGCUCCCUGUGGACGCAGUACAAUGCGACGUCGGUGGAGCUGUCGGACCCGCGCAGCCUCUGGAUGGAUGACCUCAUCAAGGCCAUGACGCUCUAUCAUAGCCAGGACGUCACGGUUCCGGAAAAGGUGUUCAAGACGCUGCUGCGGCACAUGACGCACGCCCUCGCGCUCCAGGAGGGGAUCACCGGGGAGUACAUCAAGCGCCGGGUGGAGAUCAACCGGGCAGAAGCAGCCCAAGCUGCCGCUUAAUAAUCGGUCGGGAGGUUCAGCCCCGGGCAGGAAGACCGGGCUUUUUUCAGUGUUGUCUUUUCACCGUCGGGAGCAGCCCGCCCCUCAUACGGUGUCAGCUUUGGAUUCAAUGGGCAAUGCCCGGAUAGACGUAAGAGAUUGAGAAUAACGGGAACUUCCAAGUAGAUUGUAUCAUAGUGGGAAGGUCUUUCGUCUCGAGUCACAGGUAUCGUCAAUUGGCAAGCAGCGUUGGAGUUGCUGAAAGUCAAAAGGAUGCCAACAAUUGAUCCGACUUCAAGGGAAGGGUGGAGCGCCUUGGGGAUGCAGGCCGAAAGACAGGUGCCAUCACGGCGUCGAUAAGGAUCGUCUGUAUCUUCGCGCUGAGCCAUAGGGAUGUCACGGUCCUCACCAUUUUCUGUUUCUAGAGCAGCCCUAGACUGAUUGGAUUUGGUUCACAUAGAAACGAACAUGCAUACCAGUGUUGUCGACAACCAAUAACCUUAGCUCCACGUUCCCUUGUUUAUGUGGCUCAUGGUAGUGAGGAUCUACUGUCCGUCU